AAGCGAGUCCAAUCGACAGGAAUCAAAAAGCAGCAGUUGGCGCAGGAGCGAGAAGUGACACUUGUUAGCCUUCCGAUUGGACAAUGGCGUCCUACGAGCGACCGAGAAACCAACCGGACGUUGUCGGCGAGCGUCGCACCGUGUUGCACGCCCCAGAUGUCCAGCAGCCGAAUGGUAGUCAGGAUGAGCUGCCCCCUCACUGGCAAGGAGGGAGCGCCGGCUCCGAGCAAGAGGCUCCGCAGCCGCUUGACGUCAAAGAGGAAGAGGAGCGUCCACGGCCCUCCCGCGUGAAGGAGGAAGAGGAGGAGGCCGACGUCAGCGCGUGGCCGCUGCUCGUCGUCUCUGUGAAAAGCGAAGACGGGGAAGACGACGCCUCUGAGCCGUCGCGGCUUCAUCGUGAGAGUCCCCGUGGAGACGACCUCUUCACUCCGCUUUCAGUCAACGAUGGCCAUGAUUCGGGAGAAAAGCAGCAUGCUAUCGAACGCGCCAGGACGCCUCUUGGCGAGAAACCCUUUUGUGGCCCAGUUUGCAGCCCGACGCGGUCGCCAAGAGGAAGGCUGGAGAAACACGUGAGAGCGCAUACGGGAGAAAAACCCUUUAGUUGCGCAACAUUUGGUCCCAGUUUCUCGGAAAAAGUCAGCUUGGCGACACGCAUGAAGUCACACGGCGGAGAAAAGCCUUUUAAUUGCUCGACUUGUGACUUGGAGCUUGAGCUUUGCCCUCAGUCGCAGGGGGCGAGCUCCGGUUUGGAGCAGGAGGAUCCGCGGCCCGCUCAUGUGAAGGAGGAAGGGGAAGAGGGCGAGGGGCUCCCCCGUGUGAAGGAGGAAGGGCAGGAAGCCGACGUGAGCACGUUGUCACCCACUGUUGGCUCCGUGAAGACCGAAGACCACCCACGCGAGCGGUCACUCUUUCAUCAGGGCGGAGACCACCGCCAAGGACGACCACGAGACAACCUCUCGGCCGCGCGGUCGGACGGUGACCGGACGGAAGAGGCUUUGAGGAGCGACGCAGACCGCGCACGAGAAGACCGACGGUCGAAAUGCUCCGAGGAGCCGAAGACUCUUGGGCAUGUUGAAGUGGAAGAGGAGGACCCGCAGCCCGCCCGCUCGAAGGAGGAAGAGGCGGAGGACCACGUCAGCGCGUUGCCGCUGCUGGUUGUCUUUGUGAAAAGCGAAGACGAAGAAGAUGCGGCGCCCGAGUGGUCCCGGCCUCAUCGGGGCAGCCCGAGUGGAGACGGCUGCGGAGGAGGACCCCCACCGGACGACGUCUUAGCACCUCUGUCAGAGAGCGACGCCGCGGAAGACCCUUGGAGGGGAGGCGCAAGCUGCGAAGGUGGCGACCAACCCUCGACAUGCUCAGAGGCGGAGGAGGCAAAGUCGAAAACACGUUUCAGCGGCUCAGCUUGCGUCAAAAGCCUCGCUCACGAACAACGGACACCUGGCCGCGCGGGGACGCAGCCCGGGGAGAAACCCUUCAGUUGCUCAGUGUGCGGCGCAACGUGGUCUCGGAAAGGAAGUCUGGAAAACCACAUGCGAACGCACACGGGAGAAAAGCCCUUUUUAUGCUCAACUUGUGGUCAGACGUUCUCGCGAAAGGAAAACAUGGUGUCACACAUGAAACUGCACUCAGGAGAGAGGCCCUUCGCUUGCUCCAGUUGCGGUCAGACGUUCUCCCGCAGGUCAAACUUGGAGAGACACGUGAGGUCGCACAAAAGGGAAGUCGGCGGAGAGAAACCCUUUGGUUGCGCCACUUGCGGCAAGUUCUUCUCCCAAAAGCGCCAACUGGUGGCACACCAGACGGCGCACACGGGAGAAAGACCCUUCAGUUGCUCGACUUGUGGGCAAACCUUCUCCCGCAAGACAAACCGGGAGAGACACAUGAAAUCGCACAGAGGAGAAAAACCCUUCAGCUGCUCCGUUUGUUGCAAAACGUUCCCGCGAAAGCGCAACCUGGAACGGCACAUGAGAUCGCACACGGGAGAAAAACCUUUCAGUUGCCCUACUUGCGGUAAAAAACUCUCUGGAAAGCCAAGCCUGCUGACGCACAUGAGGUCGCACACGGGGGCAAAACCCUUCAGCUGCUCAACUUGCGGCCAAACCUUCUCUCGGAAAGGCAACAUGGAAGCUCACACGAGGUUGCAUGCUGGAGAAAAACCCUUCCGCUGUUCCAUUUGUUGUAAAAGCGUCUCUCGAAAGUCAAACUUGGAGAGACACGUCAGGUCACAUCGGGGAGAAAAGGACCCAGGCGCCUCGGCUUGUGGCCAAACGUUCUCCGGCAAGUCCGAGGCGGUGACAGCCACCCAGGGGAGAAGCGGGAGCUGCGCCGGCUGUUCUCUCGACAACAACAAAAUGUUGAAAGAUUUAGUCAGGGAGCGAUUGAUUGCGGCCGCCGACGAAAUCUUCGGCCUUUUUGAGAAAACCAUCGCCGCCUACGAGGAGCAACUGCGUCGCGCCACGGAGGAGACGGAGCGACACCGACGGCGACUGGAAGCUGUUUGCCAUCCACAGAUGGUGACACCCGUCGAAGACGCCGAGCAGCUGACGGCUCACGAGAAAGAUCGCUGGUUUCGGCCACAGUGCGGGAGCUCCCUUUUGGGGCAGGAGUGUCCACAAGCCCUCCUCGUUAAGGAGGAGGAGCCACAGCCACCCCGAGUGAAAGAGGAAGACGAGGAGGCCGAUGUGAGCCAGUUGCCACUGACCGGCGUCUCUGUCAAGACCGAAGACGACCGAGAGUCGUCACAGCUUCAUCGUGACAUUCCCAGCGGAGACCACCGUGGGGGGCCGCCACCGGACGCCCUCUUGGCUCCGCUCUCAGAUGGUGACGACUCGGAAGAAAGUUUGAGGAGCGGCGUCGACUGCGCGAGUGACGACGGAAGGCCCGAAUGCUCUCGAGAGGAGACGGCUGGGAACAGCACAACGCGUCAAGCGCGAAUGAAAACGGGAACCAAGGGAAGUCUUUUCGGUUGCUCGACUUGCGGGAAAAUGUUCUCGCUCAGGGAAAAUUUGCUCAGGCACAUCCGAACGCACACGGGCGAAAAACCCUUUAGCUGCCCAACCUGCGGGAAAAGAUUCGCCGUCAAGGGAAAUAUGGUGGAACACUUGAGAACGCACACGGGAGAAAAGCCCUUCAGUUGCUCAACUUGUGGCAAAAACUUCACUCUCAAGGCAAACAUGGUAAAGCACCAGAGAACACACACGGGAGAGAAACCCUUUCGCUGUUCGACUUGUGGUAAAAGGUUCACGCUCAAGGCAAUUAUGGAAGAGCACCAGAGGACGCACAGCGGAGAAAAACCCUACAGUUGCUCCGCCUGUGGCCAAACGUUCUCUCAAAGGGUCACCAUGGUGAAGCACAUGAGAACGCACACGGGAGAAAAACCCUUCACGUGCUCCACUUGCGGCCGAACCUUCUCCCAAAGGGGAACGAUGGUCGCGCACAUGAGGACGCACACCGGAGAAAAACCCUUCACUUGCUCCACUUGCGGUCGAACCUUCUCCCAAAAGGGAACGAUGGUCACGCACAUGAGAAGGCACACGGGAGAGAAGCCCUACGCUUGCCGAGUGUGCGGCGAAAGCUACGCCCAUAAGGUCAGUUUGGCUUUGCACGUGCACUCGCACCACGCGGACAAGUGAACGACGGACCGGCGCUCGGCGAGCGAGGGCGGCUUGAUUUCCAUCGCGCCUUUCGUACGCAAGGCA